AUGACGGUCUAUCUAACUAAAGCCAUGAUGUCAAAACUUAACAAAAUAACUUAUCCAAGUACAAGUUCUAUUGAAGGUGAUACAAGUAAUGAUCACUGGGAGAAACUUGUUAUGGACAGUAAAAUAGGUUUAAAAUUAUCAAAAGAAAUGAUCUGCAGAGUAUGUGGGAAAAAUGGUAGCAUACCUUUGUAUAGCAAAAUUAAUGAUUGCGAUAUCAUGGGAGCUUUACGAAGUGUCACUAAUAUAACUAUAAGUGCAGAUGAUUCACUGCCUAAAUAUAUUUGUAAUGAAUGCCUACAAUUAUUGAAUGUUGCUAUGACAUUUAAGAGAACUUGUGAAACUGCAGAUAGAAAAUUUAGAAAAAUAUUGAAUCCCAUGGGUGAUCCAUUACUUCACUCAUAUCCAUAUUCAAAACAUGAUUUUCAAUUAAUAUUGCAUCAAAUGAAACUAAAAAGAAUGGAAGAAGAACAAAAGGCUGACCGAGAAAGGAGAAAGAAAGAAAGAUUGAUGGAGAAAAAGGAUAUGAAAGCAAAAGAGUUCAAUUGUUCACCAUGUGAUUUAACAUUUCCAACUAAGGAAAAGCUAAGUGCCCACAGACGGGAAAGGCAGUGUAUGCGUCGUGCAUGCGACAUAUGCGGGCAACUUGUACGGAGUAUCUCACAGCAUAUGCGACAUAACCAUGAGCAAAGUGUGGUGCAUAAAUGUCCCACAUGUGGAAAGGAGUUCCCUAACAUAGCAAGACUCAAAAAUCACAUGCUAGUCCACACGAACACGUUCAACUUCUUCUGUGACCUGUGCCCGUACAAGUGCAAGUACAAGUACUACCUAGUGAUGCACAUGCGCACGCACACGGGCGAGAAGCCGUACAAGUGCGCAGAGUGCCCCGCCACGUUCGUGCACCCCUCCAACCUCAACAAGCACAAGCUCACCCACCAGGAGAAACAGUUUAAGUGCGUACUUUGUGAGAAGGCCUUCCGCACGGGUACUGCCCUGUGGGAGCAUCACGACGCCAAGCAUAUGAAUAUAAAACAUAGAUGCACGUACUGUGGACGGGACUUUUGUUACAAAUCGGAUCUUCGUAAGCACGAAAUCCGUAACCAUAACAGAGUAAAGCGAGACUACAUAGGUGGCGAGCCGACUUACAAGCGGGUUGAGAGGUUACAGAAGAUGCAAGAAGCUGAGGCAAUGGAGAAAUGGAGGCAACAACAGAUCACGGUUACCCAACAGCAAACUUUCGUCGACCAGACCAAGGAUUUCAUACAAACAACACAUCCCAUGUAUGUGUCCGAUGUCACUGGAAUCAUCCAGCAGCCGGUUAUUGCUCCGCAACAGACUGUACAGUUGACUUUGCCUGAAUUAAAUUUAAAGAAGGAUGAAGUGAAAAUAUAUGACCAACAAGGCAUGCCAUAUUUU